AUGGGUGAGGUUUAUGGUGGAAUCUCUGGUUAUACAUUAGUUGUGUUACAAAGUGUGACAUUAGUUGUUGGUUCCCGCGCGGUCGGAGUUAAUGCUAUUCCUUGCAAAGCUGGUGAAAAGACACUUGGCGUGGAAGAUAAGAAGAAAGUUAAAGAUUUUCAAUUGACUUCUUCUUCGAGUUAUCUGGAAAAAUGGGCCUCAGCAGCGCAUGGGCGAUUGUACAACAUUGGAGAAUGGGGAGAAUGGAGAGCAGGAAGGAGAGCAGUUAAGAGAGCAGGAUGGAGAGCUGGAUGGAGAGCAGGAGUAAACGACAAGAACCCGUGGAUACAGGUUGAUCUUGGAAAGAAGGAAGUUGUCUCAGGGAUUGCCACUCAGGGAGGAUAUUUUUAUUAUCAAAAUUCUUAUAUCGAUCGUUGGGUGAAGACUUAUUUCGUGAAGUAUAGUUUGAAUGGAACAACAUUCGAGACUUACAAAGAUGAGGGUGAUGAUAAGAUAUUUGAUGGGAAUAGUGACUGGGAUACCAUUGUGAAGAAUGUCCUGCAUCUACCAAUCACUGCUCGUUAUAUUCGUAUACAUCCAGUGUCUUGGCGUAGUUAUAUAGGUAUGCGAAUUGAGCUUUAUGAAGGUUCCUGCAACACCAGUGAAGUUCCAUUUGGAGUGGAAGAUGGAAAAUUAAAUGAUUCUCAGAUGUCAUCAUCAAUUGAAAAAAAUGGAUUUUCCGCAUCAAAAGGAAGAUUAAACGGUGCAGCUUCUUGGCGUCCGGGCGAUGACAAUCAGAACGAAUGGCUCCAAGUCGAUCUUGGCAAAAAGGAAUUUGUUACAGCGAUUGCCACUCAAGGUUCUGGUGAUAAUUAUUGGGUAUUCGCUGGAAAUUAUGACUGGGAUUCUGUCGUGACAAAUCGCUUAUAUCCAGCAAUAAAUGCGCGUUAUAUUCGCAUACACCCAUUGUCUUGGUUUAAACACAUAUCCUUGAGAAUCGAAGUUAUUGGCUGCUACACAGACAAAGGUUUUUGCAACACCAGCAAAGUUCCAUUUAGUGUAUAG